AGGCAGAAAGGUUGUUGGUGUUGGGUAUUAGUUAGAGGAAUUCCUAACAACCAUAUUGUGAUAGAAAUUUGUCUGGCAGGAUUUUUUUCGAGUGCAAUUGACAUUGAUCACAUUAUUGAAGCAAGAUCGAUUUACCCAAAGGAUUUGAUCAAUAUUCAUCAUCGCUCACUUUUUCAUACGUUAACUGCAGUACCUGUUGCCUCAUUUGUAGUGUGGGUCUGUAGUAAAUACAUCUGGGGUCUGAUCUUGAAAUACAAAAGUUUGGAGCAACUGAAACCUCUUAAAGGGAUUCUGAUAGUGUCUCCUUGGAUUAUUGCGGUUGCGUGGACAAGUCAUCAAUUGAGGGACGCCCUCAGGAGAGGAAUAUCUCUACAGCCAUUUGGUGUGACUGGACCAGUGCCACUGUGGUUGUAUGUUGCUAUUGUCACUAUAGUACCAAAUUUUAUCAGGUUAUUGGUAUCAUUUUUGCAUGAACGAAAGCAGUUGACUUAAUAAGUAUGAAGGCGAAACAAAAAA